AUGGGGGAAACAAGCUCUGAGAUCAGCGUGGAAACGGGGGCUUCUACAAUUGAUGUUUUGUCAACGGAUCAGAACACCAUUAUGGAAGUUCAAGACGCUAGUUCAAUAAGGUCCGAUGACAAUGACGAUGGUGACAAUAUCGGAAUACUGCCAAGUUCGGCAUUGGCGGAUUUGCAAAUCUCCAAUUUACCAGACGAUGAUCCUCUGGAGGUAAAGUCUUUGGCAUUGGAAUUUGACUAUUUGAUCUACAAAAUCCAAGACCGUGUGAAAACCCUGAGCGACCAGACCAAAGACAGCGUUACUGCACAGAAAGUCAACUACGAAAACGAUAUCGCACGGAUUAACGCGAACAUUGGCCAGAUUAAUGAUUUGGUCCGAGAAUGUGAUCUUAUAGAAAACGAAUUCGUGAAGAUCGAGCAGAUAUCUCAGAUUGCCAAGGAUUUCACCAUGAGGCUUACGCAAGUAGAGAAAAAGUUGCAGCAGAGAAGAAAGCUGGAGAAGGAAUCGAGGGUAAGGUAUUAA